AUCGUACACCUUAUCUCGCUGACACAUCGAGAUAAAGAGUUUUUUUUUUUUUUGUUCGAAUACCUAACGUAAUUUUAAUAGCGCGUGGUUUCGGUAUAGAAUUCGGAAAUGCGAUUUUCUGAUGUUGUUCUUUUUUCCUCCUAAUUUUGAACAGAUGUCAGCUUAAUAGCUGUCAGAACUUUUGGUUUGAAUAUUUUGUUUAAAGAUUAUUUUUCUUUUUCAUAUGAAAAAAAAAAAACAAAUUGGCCGACAUGGGAGAUCAUCUGGACGACGUGUUUUGUAGAAUCGUAAGAGACAUUACCGAUGACAUAAAAAAGUACCCAAAACCAGACCAGAAAACGAUAGUGGGAUGGUUGCAGCAAGUCGGCAAAGAGGUACAAACGGAUUCCGAAAGAAGAGCGAGGAAUGAAUACGGUCGUUAUUUACGCUACAUCGUACAAUCGGGAGAACCGUUGCCAGGGGAAUUGAAAGAUUCUCUUUGCACGCCAGAUCUUUCUACCGCCAAAAUAAAGCCUGCUAAAUCUGUUUGCCCCAGAAAAGAUGUCAUAGCGCAACUUCAGCCCGGCACAGACCUGCGGGGAAUAGCGCAGAUUUGCGAGGACGUCCGUAACGGAGAGAUAACAACCGCCGCGGAAUUCGUUUACGCUAUCGCGCCUUACGUCGCCGAUCGUGGGACCCUUUUUCGUGAAGUUCUGGACCGAGAUCUUAGUUUUUUUCGACAGAUCGUUGACGAAACCGUCGAUCAAAGGGUCCAAGACGAGGCUGACGUAAUGAUGCACACUCAAAACGAUAUAAAACAAAAAUUCCAUUCAUUGACCGACGCCAUGGUGCACAGAACUAUGAAAAUCAGGCAACGGCUGUUGGAAAUUUCUCCAAAGUUCGAUUGGGCUAAACAUGGAAAAAAUAAGGCGAAAGUGACGAAACUUUUGAGAUCCGAACAAAAGCGGAAGGGCAGUCACGCCGAUCCGAAUAUCAUGGACAAGCUGCUGCACCAAGUAUUCAUGCGCGGUCAGUGGCUGAAAAAGGAGCUGGCUCGUCUCCAGGAAGAGAAUGCUAAUCUGAAAAUGUUCCUUGGAAAGUUCCGCAUACUGGCUGCCGAAAGAAAGGAACAGGAGAGUCACGUGCCCCGCAUGCUUUGCAAAGAAAAGAACGCACUCGAACACGAACUCGAGUGUCUGCAAGAAGAGUACGGGAAAAAUCUUGAAAUCGUUAACGCUCUCUACAUAGAGCACCAUAGAUGCGUUAAACCCGAGCCUAGUCAGACGUCGAUUAGCGAUUGGUGUGAGUAGUCGGAAUUGGUGUGGAAUUAUCUCUGAAUAAAGCUGCUUGGACGGGGUUCAUUGAAGAGAGCGAGCGUUUUAAUUUCAUAUUUUAUUCACAGAUUGUUUAGUUUUAUUUAUUUUUUUAUCUUUUAUUGUACAGAGUUCAAAAAACGAGAGGUAGUCGACCAGGUGACCACCGCUGAUCUCUGUAUUAAGCCGCAGAGAACAGUGGUGAACACCGACGUUCGAAUCGAUGGAUUUUUUUUUUCAAUUAAUACGAUCCGGAUCGUUUGGAAUUUUUUGAGAUUCCGAUUCCUCCGGCUUUUUAACUAACGCUAGCUACGCGAAAAUAAUUUUAUAUUCAACUGAUUGAGCAUAUAUUAGAGUACUAAUAGAGUAUUAGUUUGUUUUUUUUUUGAAAUUAUUGAGUAACAACAAACGACAGAU